ACUUGGUGGCGUAACACACUGUUGUAAUGAAACCGCAGCGUUUCACCUUCUCCUUUCCGGAUUAAUUUAUAAAAAUAAAGUAUUAUAUUCCCGCUGGAUUGAUUUAUCAUCUGCAGCAGAGAUGUCUUCUGUUCUCUAUCUGAGGGAUUUCAUCAGCGAGCGCCUGACGGCCGCGGCGGAGGAGAUCUUCUCGGAGUUUGAGAAGACCAUCGUGCAGUACGAGGAGCAGCUGGACCGGCAGCGCAGACUGCUGGACGUCAGCUGGAAGCCGCCUGCGCAGCUUCAACCUGCAGACUUUGAGGAACAAAUCCCCCCAAAGAAGCAGGUCCUCCUCAAUGAUGACCCAGAGGAGAAGAUCCCGAACAUCAAGGAGGAACAAGUGGAGAUCUUUGGGGCUCAGGUGGGGGGGCCGUCUCCACUAAAGCAGGAAGCUGACGUCUCUCUGGUAACGGUCUCCUACAGUGAAACGGAGUGGGACCGUCAGCAGCUCCUGGAUUCCAGCUCGCCCCUCCCUCAAAAUCAGGAGUUUAGUGAUGACCCCGCGUUUUUUCCAGAGCACACUCCCACAUUCCAGGCUCCUCGUAGCCAUGGAGACAGCUUCAUCACCGGUGGAGAUCAGCCUUCUGUUGAGCCAAGCUCGGAGUAUCAGUUCCCCCUCCUCAAGAAGCCUUACAUCUGCAGCACUUGUGGAAAGGUAUUUCAGUACGCGUCGACGCUGAGAAGUCACCUGAGGUCGCAUUUGGUCGAAAAGCCCUACGCCUGCAAGACCUGCGGAAAGAAGUUCAGCUGCAGGUUCAACCUGAAAGUUCACUUUCGAAUCCAUACGGGCGAGAGGCCGUACGCCUGCAAAACCUGCGGAAAGGCCUUCACCAACAAAGCACACCUCCGGUAUCACGCUGGAGUGCACACGGCCCGGACGCAAAGCCCCGAGCCCGAGCAGAAGCUGUACUCCUGCGACACCUGUGGCAAAAAGUACUCGUGCAGAGCCAGCUUGGUGAUCCACAUGAGGACGCACACGGGUGAGAAGCCCUUCUCCUGCGAGACCUGCGGCAAGAACUUCACCUGCAGCUCCAACCUGAAGGUCCACAUGCGAAUCCACACGGGCGAAAAGCCGUACUCCUGCCAAACCUGUGGGAGGGCUUUCAGCAACCAAGGACACCUCCGCUACCACAUGAAGAUCCACACCAGCAAGGCCCAGAACCCCGUCAAGAAGCUGCACUCGUGCGAGACCUGUGGAAAGACCUACACCUCCCGCGCCAGCUUGGUGAUCCAUGUGCGGACCCACACGGGCGAGAAGCCGUUCUCCUGCAAAAUGUGCGGCAAGAGGUUCAGCCGCAGCGCCAACUGCAAAAUCCACAUGAGGAUCCACACCGGCGAGAAGCCCUACUGCUGCAAGAUAUGUGAGAAGUGCUUCACUAACAAAGCACACCUGAGAUCCCACAUGAAGGGCCACAUGGGCUGAGGCCCCACACUGCUCCGAGAGCUCAACGUUACAGCUGGAAACGUCUUAUCCCGAUUCAGCUGAAGUUUGGUUUCCGUGCACGACGGCAUGACCGCACAGCAUCACUGUGACACUGAAAGGAUUUUUUUUCUGCAUGUUCUGAAGUAAGUUUUCUCUCCCGACUGUAAAGUUGUUAUUUUGUUUGAAUUGUGAGAUUUUUUUCUCAGAACUCUGCCUUCAAAUGACCUGCUGCAGUGAGCGUCUACAGUCCUGGAGCUGCGCUGUGAAGCAGACAGAAGUGGGAGGAGCUGCUGGACUCCUCCUCCACUCCUGCGUUUGCUCGUUUUGUCUCCGUUUGUUACUUGAAGCCCUUCCAGCAGUUAUAUGUGUUCUGGGUCACGCUUGGACAUGUUUACCUCUUGAGAGGAUGUUUUUCCCCCACAUUUUGUCAAAUUUAUUCAGAACACAUAAUUUUCAAAGAAGGAAUGACAUGAAGAGACUUUCUGUUUGAUGAUCCUCUCACUGAAAUUACAUAAAGUUCUCUUCAGCCUGAUGCACUCUAUCACAAAUGUUACUCAUCUUACUGUGUUAAUAAAGUUCUGCAAGUUAAA